CCUGCAACCCCGUGAGGGCUACGGAGGUCAGCCAGCAGCGAAGAUCUCACUCGCCGUGCUAUACCGGGCAGCGCAUCGAUCUCGGAGUUCCGGAAGCUGACUGCGAUAGCGGGUGCCGGAGAGAGGACCGGGAUUACAGCUGGGCGGCCAGAGGAAGACUGCGGAAAACCCGGUGAGCACAAAAACAGGUGCCCGCAGUCAGGACAAGCUCCGGUGCGGGGAGAGGGGGCCCUCAUCGGGUGCACUCAGCUGGUUACCUGCACAACGCCACUCAGCGCCAUAUUGGCCCCUCUGAGCCACCACUGACUAUUCUUCCCUGUCCCCUGCUGAGCUGCUAUUGCAACAGGGCAUUCCCACACUGACUUUGGGGAGUGACUACAUAACGGACAUAACAGCCAGAUCAUGGAUAAAUUUGUCCACAAGGGACCUCAGGGCCCGGCAGUCUCUGGAUUGCAUGCAUCUCCUGCGCCCUCUGGGCCCCCCCGCCCCCCUACCCCUCAGCACGAGACCACAAACGGCGCCUCUAUUUCUGCUGCAAUGGAAGUGACUGGUAGCCAACUCCUGUUCUCUCAACUUGCAGAGUCCCCUGGUCUGGGGGUCCAGCUCUCAGAUGCCAUGGCCGCAGGACCCUCUGUGGGGGGUUUACCGGCCCACCCUGAUCUACAGGCACUGGCCGCAGCGCUAGUUUCUCUCAUCACCCCCACGAUACAGAAAACUUUAGAAAAUACCAUACGUGACACCCUAACGCAGAUACGCACGGAUUUGGGCGCUCAGGAGGGCCGCAUUGGCGAGAUGGAGCAUAGAAUUGUUGCGCUUGAGGAUGAGAACAGCGGCCUGGCUACCAAAUUGCGCCAAAUGGACACAGAUUUAUGCUAUGUUAGCGGAAAGCUGGAAGAUUUAGAGAACCGUUCGAGGCGCAGCAAUCUGCGUUUGGUAGGCGUUACUGAGUCGCUCCUUCCUGCGGACCUUCAAGAUUUUUGCAAGAGUGAUCUACCUAAGGCGCUGGGUCUGCCACACAAAUGCAGGGUGGAGAGGGCACACCGUAUAGGCAAAUUGCCUGACCGUAAUGUUGCUUCCAAGGCGGGUGUAGAUAGCCAUCCGCGUCAAGUCAUAUUUAAACUGCUCGACUACAACGACAAGGUUAGCAUCCUGAGAGCGUUUCGAAAGCGCACAACACCUCUGACAUUCCGUAACAAGAAGAUGCUGAUAUUUGAAGAUUUUUCGGCUGAUGUAGCGAAGAGAAGGAAAGCUUUCAGCAAUGUUUGCACUGCCUUAUACAAUGCCAAACGCCGCUUUCAACUGCAAUACCCAGCCACAUUAAAAGUGCACAUGCCGGAUGGAUCUUUUCGCUCCUACCAGACUCCGUCAGCAGCCGAGGCGGAACUGCGAGAUGUGCUAGCGGACCACCAGAGACACCCCAGACAUUCACCUGCCCGCCAAGACCCCUCAAGAGAUCAAGGUCCCCUGGCACAGAGACCCGCCCGUCGUAAGGAAGGGAGGGACCGAUCCCCUGCAGAGGGAAGGAAGAGAAAGAAGUCUCCAAAACGGAGGAGCAGAAGCCGUAGUAGCAGAUCCUCGUCACCGGACUGAAUCCCGGUCUUCCAGCUAUUGUUUCCACGCACCCCCCCUCUCUUUUUUCUUUCUUUUCCCCCAGCUUCCGAUAAAGUACACGGACAUACGGUCUUGCAGAGCAGCUGAUCCAGGAUGACAUCAUAGAAGCUAAUCUCAUUUCUACCACGGCUGAGAAUAUAGGACUGCACUGUAUAACGGAUGAGUUAACUAGUUCAGCAGGUCUGCAGGUAGUGGUUGGAGGUGACCUGAACUCGGUGGUGGAUCCUCUGGUGGACAGGAGAGGGGCGACAUCGACGCCAGUGGCCAUCCGACAGAGUGACAGGGUCCUG